AUGGCUAGCACGCAGACCUCGUUUGUGACCACGGUCACCAAGCCCGUGCCGAGCAAGGCCAGGCCGGAUGACGCCGAUAGCAAACCACACCACGCAACCCCGGGCAAGGUGUUCAAGAACCCUUGGCCGUCUUUCGUCUACAGGCCAGGGAGGUCUAUUGGCUUAGAGCUUGUCUAUCGGAGCUGGACCGGCAAGGCCAAAAAGAUGGUCACAGAGGGCCAUGGUAUCCCAGUGCAAAAGGCCACCUUCUUGCCUUCUCGGCAUAUCAAAUCAACAGAUGCAGGGAAGGAUGCGGCAUCAAGCGACGGCAGGCUAUUAAGUCAAGACACAAUCCGCGCUACCUGGCUCGGACACGCGUGCUUCUACGUAGAAUUUCCCUCUGGCCUCCGGGUCCUUUUCGACCCGGUCUUUGAGGACCGCUGCUCGCCCGUGAGCUGGUUCGGCCCCAGGCGCUUCACGGAAGUGCCCACCACCAUCGCAGACAUCCCCUUCGUGGAUGCCUGCUUCAUCAGCCACGCGCACUAUGAUCACCUCAGCCAAGCGACGGUCCUGCGGCUCAAGGAGAAGCAUCCGAACUGCCAUUUCUUCGUGGGCCUCGGGAUCAAGAAGUUCUUCACGGGUCUCGGCAUCGACAAGUGCACGGAGCUCGACUGGUGGGAAGACGCCGAGCUGCGAGUGCGCUCGGAGGAUACGGCAGACAAGGCGGCGGCGGCGGAGAUCGCAGCCCAGGUGUCAUGCCUGCCUGCGCAGCACGCCUCCAACAGGGGCGCGUUCGACGAGAACCACUCGCUGUGGGCGUCCUGGGCCGUCUGCUCGGGCGGCAAGUCCGUCUGGUUCGCCGGCGACACGGGCUACCGCGCCAUCAGCGCCGACAUCCCCGAGGAGGCGAGGAGCAAGUACACGCCCGAGCUGCACCGCAGGUUCCCCUGCUGCCCGGCCUUCAAGCAGAUCGGCGAGCUCAAGGGCCCUUUCGACCUGGGCCUGCUGCCCAUCGGCGCGUACGAGCCCCGCCUGCUGUUCAGCAGCCUGCACUCGAACCCGUACGACAGCGUCAACAUCUUUGUCGACACCCGGUGCCGGAGGGCGCUGGCGAUGCACUGGGGCACGUGGGACCUGGCGACCGAGGAGGCGGUGAUGGAGCCGCCGGAGAUGCUGAAGGAGGCCUUGCGGAGCAAGAAGCUGCCCGAGACGGGCGUGUUUGACACUUGUGGGAUUGGUGAGAGUGUCGAGGUGUGA